GCACACACAGACGAGUGUCAGAUCGCUGCAGUCUCUCCAGUUUUCAGAAAAAUCUGCCUUUUUUUCUUUUAAUUGAAUUGAAGCCCUGUCUCAGUUGUGCACAGCAGGGAUGGCAGAGCCCAGCGGGAUCUUGAUAAAAGGAGGUAAAGUUGUGAAUGAAGAGUGUUCCGUGAUCAGCGACGUCUACAUAGAGAAUGGGAAAAUUGUUGAAGUUGGACUGAAUCUUAAGACCCCAGCGGGGGUGCGAGUCAUCGAUGCCACCGACAAACUGGUGAUCCCAGGAGGCAUCGACACGCACACACACAUGGAGUUUGAGUUCAUGGGUACCAAGGCUGUGGACGACUUCUAUAUCGGCACCAAGGCCGCUCUAGCAGGAGGGACCACCAUGAUCAUGGACUUUGUCAUCCCCCAAAGAGGCAAGUCACUCCUGGAAGCCUUCGACUGUUGGCGAAAGAAGGCGGACCCCAAAGUGUGCUGCGACUAUUCGCUACAUGUCGCCGUCACAUGGUGGAGUGACAAGGUCAAAGAAGAGAUGCAGAUGAUUACCAAAGACAAGGGGGUCAAUUCCUUUAAGAUGUUUAUGGCCUAUAAAGGUCUGUUCAUGCUGCCGGACUCUGAGCUGUUUGCUGCCUUUUCUCAGUGUAAGAAGAUCGGAGCGAUAGCUCAGGUGCAUGCUGAGAACGGAGACCUGAUUGCAGAGGGGUCUAAGAAGAUGCUGUCUCUGGGCAUCACAGGGCCAGAAGGCCAUGAGAUGUGUCGGCCAGAGGACGUGGAGGCUGAGGCCACCCAGCGAGCCAUCACUAUCGCCAACGCUGUCAAUUGCCCUCUCUAUGUGGUCCAUGUCAUGAGCAAAUCUGCUGCCAAGGUGGUGUCCAAUGCCCGCAGAGAUGGGCGUGUGGUUUUUGGGGAGCCCAUUGCAGCUGGACUGGGCACCGACGGUACUCACUACUGGGACAAAGACUGGGGUCAUGGUGCUGGCUUUGUCAUGGGUCCUCCCCUCAGACCUGACCCCAGCACCCCUGGGUACCUCAUGGACCUACUGGCCAACGAUGACCUGAGUGUGACAGGGACGGACAACUGCACCUUCUCCAUGUGCCAGAAGGCUCUCGGCAAAGACGACUUCACCAAGAUACCAAAUGGCGUGAAUGGAGUGGAGGACAGGAUGUCUGUUAUCUGGGAGAAAGGGGUGCACAGUGGCAAAAUGGACGAGAAUCGAUUUGUAGCUGUCACCAGCAGCAACGCAGCAAAAAUCUUCAACUUCUUCCCACAGAAAGGCCGUAUCGCCAAGAACUCGGAUGCUGAUGUGGUUAUAUGGGACCCCAAGAUGACAAGGAAGAUAUCAGCCAAGACUCACCAUCAGGCUCUGGACUACAACAUCUUCGAGGGCAUGGAGUGUCAUGGUGUCCCUGUCAUCACCAUCUCCAGAGGAAAAGUGGUCUAUGAGGAUGGGCGGUUGAAGGUGUCCCCAGGGCAUGGCAAAUUCAUCCACAGACAGCCCUUCUCUGAAUUUGUUUACAAAAGAGUCAAGCAAAGGGAUCAGGUGGGGCAACCUACAGCUGUGAUCAGAAAGCCCUAUGAGGGUGAAAUAAUUUCUCUAUGAACAACUGUCCUGAAACAUUAAAGGCACUUUGAUUCUCCAGCUGUGUGCCUCCAUUACAACCAAAAAGUUAUACCAAAGCCAAAACAACUGAAUGCUGUCUUACUGAUUAACCCGCUCUGGAUGAUUUCUCCAGAUUUAUGCAAGUCUUAUAUACAUUAUUCAAUCAUUCAAAUCACUGUGUGCAGGUCAACUCUGAUCAACACUUAGGUCAAUGUUCUGUUGGCAGAUAAUACCUUUGUUACAUUUGUUCAACUGUGUGAGGUUUCCAGGUCAGCUAUGUUCAGUACACAGGUUAGUACAACCCACUGUGCUGCUGAAAACGAUAUUUGCUCUAACAUACAUUAUGCAAUCAAGUUACUCACUGUAGGGAAUGAAAAAAGAGCUUAUGCACGAUUUCAUAGUAUAAAAAAAUGUGGCAUGUUCAGGCAAAAAAGGCCGUUUCAUCACUUUUUUUAUUUGUGCAUAUUAUUGUGGUGACUGUGGAAUUAAAAAAAAAAUUUAAAUGGCUUUAGUUAUGGCUGAUCCAGUUAUUUUCCCUGUUUUUUUCCUAAAUUUUUGUUGCCAUUAGUAACAAGACUGAUGUUUCUCACCCAAAAGCAUCGUUCCCUUUGAUGAAAUAUUCAUUAAAAUGCACUGGCAUGCGUGAAAGUAUAAAGAUUUACUUUGUUGACCCACAUUGACUUGUAUUAGCAUAUUCAGCAGGAUUGCACAUUAUCAUACACGCUCCAUCUAUGCCCAUGUAUGGACUGCAUUCAUUCCUUGCCGUGGUAAAAAAGGUCUGCGGCUGUCACCGAGCAUCAUGUGGCAGCUUCCUAUUGGGCUGGCAUGCUGGCGUGGUAUUAUGCCGCGGGGCCAGUUGAGACAUAAUGUGAGCUUAUCAGGUUGCCACACGGGUCAGUGGCAGCGUGUGAGUCACAGAAGGCCUACUCAUCCUUGAGCUGUACCACUUCCUUCCUCUUGUCUCUGACAGUGGAAGAGGUGGUGUGGGAUUGUACAGUCGAGACUGAGUAUCUGAGGCUUUUCUAGAUUGUAAUUGUAGUUCAUAAGUAGUAAAUGAUGAGAAGCAAAACACUGGAAAUGUUUUAAUGUUGAUUCAGCUUUUUUGAAAACACAGGUAAUGAUUCAUAUUAAAUAUUGAAUUAACAUAACUCCACUCAGAAAUGCAAAUAUAUUUUUAAGUCAAACCAUUAGUAGCGUUGGGAAAACUAUUAAUUUAAAGGUCACUGCUUUAAAAAAAUAAUUAGCUGCACAUUAUUUUAUUUCAACUAUAUGUUUUGCAAGCUCUUGUCUGCUCACCCAGAGCAACUUGAGGUUUGGUAAUGGUAAUAGUAAUGGACUUGCCCUUUCUAGUCCUCCAAGCACUCAAAGCACUUUUACACCACAUGCCACUUUCAUACACUGAUGGGUGAGGCUACCAAACUAGGUGCCACCUGCUCACCGAAACAUUCACACACUCCUAAUUCGGUGUUCAGUAUCUUGACCAAGGAUAGUUACGAUGCAAACUGGAGGAGUCAGGGAUUGAAACUCUUAUCUUCAGGUAAAUGCAUGACCUGUUCUACCUCCUGAGCAACCAAUCCGGUCCCCCUAACAGCUUGUCAAACAUUAAUGCUUGGUCAGUGGCCCUCAGUGUCAAACACUGACACACAAGUUCGUUUUAAAGAGACUUUAUGUAUUUAAUAAGUAGAAAUUGUACAUUUCCUGUGAAAAGAGAAGUUUGUUUUGAAAAGACACAAUGCAGCUAACAAGCGUAAAUUGACACACCUUCCCUGAGCAUCAAAAACUGAUGCUAGAUAGUCACCAAGAGUGUCAUGGUUUGACGUGUAGAGCCACUGACCACGUAUCAGUAUUUGACGAGUUGGCCAGAAUUCUGAGAAUUAACUCACAUAAACUAUUUAUUUUAGAUUGAUUUUGAUAUUGUUCCUCUACUGCCAAUAUUAUCAUAUAAUAUAAUAUCAUAACAAAAACAGGCAAAUUGAUGAAAAAUUGAUGAGGGAAGGAAGUGAGAGAGAUGAAAGCACUGAAAUGAGAGCGAGUGUACAGAAAGUAAGAAGAACGAUGCCACAAUGUUUAAAAAAAAGAGUAACUCUUUCUAACACCUGCGCGAUGUUAAUGAACAGCGACAGUGCAUAAGUGAAAAGAGGACAGCGCUGUUCCCUGCACAUGUAGGGGACAUCUGUCUUCGAUUAUGUAAGCAACUAGCACUGUUUCACAGUCUGCAGGGGAGCAUUACACACAGAGGUAAAAUAUAGAAGCCUGCCUCUGUAUGAUACGUUAUUGGAAGCUGAUUGGUGCUAAAUCGGUUAUCUAAGACAUAUUCUGAGAGCUUACAAAUAAUAAUAUUCACUGCUGUCAUUAUGAAUCUAUAACUGUAUACUUAAAUUAGAGGUGAAGUAAAUUAUAAGACACAAGAUGUUCAUUUCAAAGCCUCCAACAAGCCUAGAACUUUUAUGAGAUUUAAUAUAUUGUUAAUAUAUUUAGUUCAGUGGCACACCAUACUGUAUAUGGUAUAUCCUGUUAUCUUGGGAACUAUGGUCACAGUUUGGGGUCGAUUUAUCUGAGAAUACUGUCAUCUGCUUUCUUAUAUAAUGAUUGUGAUGUAAUGUCGUAGUUGCUGAGAGCUUAUUAAAGAUAAAUUGACCUAAAUGAUAACCUCUUCAUUUAUGCUCUGUGAUUGGUUGUCUUUAAUAAAUGUGAAAAUGUUUCAUCAUA